AGCGGGGACCGGGGACCGGCGUCGGGGACCGGGGACCGGAGCUGGGGCCGGGGCCGGGGCCGGGGCCGGGCGCAGCGGCCGCCCCCCGCCAUGAACUGCCGCGCCGAGGUGCUGGAGGUGUCGGUGGAGGGCCGGCAGGUGGAGGAGGCGGCGCUGGCCGUGCUGCACACCGUGCUGCUGCACCGCAGCACCGGCAAGUUCCACUACAAGAAGGAGGGCACCUACUCCAUCGGCACCGUCGGCACCCAGGACGUCGACUGCGACUUCAUCGACUUCGCCUACGUCCGCGUCUCCUCCGAGGAGCUCGACCGGGCCCUCCGCAAGGCGGUCGGGGAGUUCAAGGAUGCGCUGCGCAGCUCGGGCAGUGACGGGAUGGGGCAGAUCUCGCUGGAGUUCUACCAGAAGAAGAAGUCGCGCUGGCCCUUCUCAGACGAGUGCAUCCCCUGGGAGCUGUGGACCAUCAAGGUGAACGUGGUGAACCUGGCCAACGAGCAGGAGCGGCAGAUCUGCCGCGAGAAGGUGGGCGAGAAGCUCUGCGAGAAGAUCAUCAACAUCGUGGAGGUGAUGAACCGCCACGAGUACCUGCCCAAGAUGCCCACCCAGUCCGAGGUGGACAACGUCUUUGACACCAGCCUGAAGGACGUGCAGCCCUACCUGUACAAGAUCUCCUACCAGAUCACGGACUCCCUGGGCACCUCGGUCACCACCACCAUGCGGCGGCUCAUCAAAGACACGCUGGCUCUGUAGGGCACGGGCCCUGGUCCCCCUUUGGGAGCAGCUCUCCAGCACGGCCCCAGGCUCUCGGGGAAGGCGUCUCCCUCCUCUCCACCUCUUGAAAAGCUUCUGCGAGGAGCUGGGCUCGGCCCAGCCUUUAAUUGUGGGUUGCUGCUGGUUUGGGCCAAGCGUCCUGUGGGGUGCUGGCCACGAAAGCUCGCCCGUCCCGGAGAACCAGCUGGGUGGCUGCGAGGCAGAAGGGUGACUGCUGCUCGUCACGGCACCGCCUUGGCGCUGGGACAGAAGCGCUGGGGAUCCUGCUCUACAUUUUGCCUUCCUCCGGGGCGAAAAUAAAGUAUUUUCCCUUC